GAUAAGUCAAUCAAACAGGAAGACAAGCUACCAGAAGACAAGUCGAUGAGCCCAGAGGAGGGAAUUCAAGAUGGGCAAAAGUCUGAGAAAUCUGAAAAGUCUAAAAAGCAAGAGAAUGAGCUUGCGAAGGACAAGUCAACCAAGCAAGUAGAUGGGUUUUCACAGGAUGAGUCGAAGAAGCAAAAGAAUGGGCCCUCGAAGGACAAGCCCACUGACCAAGGGGACGAGCGCCCGAAAGAGGGAUCGAAGCAGCAAGAAAACGAGUCCCCGAAGAACAAGUCAAAGAAACACGAAGAUGAACUCUCACAGGACACAUCUGGAAAGCAACAAAAUGGGCAUCCAAAAGAUCAAGCUGGUAGCCGAGAAGAAGAGCAACCAAAAGAAAAAUCGAAGAAGCAAGAGGGCGAUUCAUCAAAGAAGUCCAAGAAACGAGAAGAUGAGCGUCAAAAAGAUAGCACCAACGGCGUCCCCACUUCUGACGGCCAGCAAAAUGAUGAUUUGAGUCCUAAGCCGAAGAAGGAUUCAAGCCCUAAAUCGAAAAAGUCCGAUAGCAGGUCCGCCACGCCUUCUAAAUCCCGACCACCUGUUCCGAGCUCGCCGGAAAGGUCUUCCGAGUCUAAGAAAGACGGACAAUCCAGAACACGGAGAAAGUAAUGCAAGCCACGUGGCACAGAAGCAAGAUAUCCCUGGUGAUCUUGCUAGCAUAGUACCAACUAUUCAACCAGCGACAGAGUCACGGAGGUGUGAGGAUACAGAAAGCGAAAUGAACGAUAAUACACGAGGUUGGAGAAUCACUGAAAAACCCAAUUCAUUACCUGACAAAAAAUCUAUACCCUGUAAAAGUGAAGAGAAGAGUGACAAAGAGGUGUCACGUCGAUGCCCACCAUCAUCUAAGUCCGCCGAAUCCAACGAUGGGCUAUCUAAUACUUAUUAUAUACCUAAAUCAGCUGAGCAACCAAAGCUGCAAGAAGAACAGACCCCCGAGAAAAUCACAUCGGGCUCUCAAUCUGUUUCAACUGAAAAUAGUAACGUGCCCGUCCCGAAUGUGGAAGAUUCUACGAAAAGAGAAGAGAACCAAAGGCCGAUAGGCCAACCCCAUACGCCUG